AUGGAUGAAGAUGUGUCUCCUCAUGAUUUAUGUAAAACGUCCAAGCUCCCUGAGGAAUUUUUACCUGUGUGCGAGAAGGAGGAUGCCCCUGAUAUCUUUAUCAAACUGGGUACGUCCCCCCCCCAACCCCCCCGAUAUCUUUAUCAAACUGGGUACAUUUCUCCCCUGAUAUUCUUCUUCUUCAAACUGCGGUGCCCUCUCCUGAUAUCUUUUAUCAAAUUGGAUACAUUUUCCUCCUCCCCUGUAUAUCUUUUCAAACUGGGUAAGUCUCCGCCCCCGCCCCUUGAUAUUUUAAUAAAUUCGUACUCUUUUUCUGCAAUAUCUUUUAUAAUUUUGCAUAUUUCUCCUAUAUUUUGUAUUGCUUGGUAAUGCUCUACCUCUCUACCGAGUAUUUUUAGACAAACUAAAAUAUUUCUCGUAUAUCUUUAUCAAACUGGGUACAAUUUCCCCCUGAUAUCUUUAUCAAACUGGGUACGUUCACCCCCCCCCACCCGGAAUCUUUAUCAAACUCGGUACGUUUCCCCCCGAUAUCUUUAUUAAUCUGGGUACAUUUCCUCCAAUAUCUUUAUUAAACUGGGUACGUUUCCCGUGAUAUCUCUAUUAAACUGGGUAUGUUUCUUCCGAUAUCUUUAUUAAUCUGGGUAUGUUUUCCAUAAUAUCUUUAUUAAUCUGGGUACGUUUCCCCUGAUAGCGUUAUUAAUCUGGGUACAUUUCCCCUGAUAGCGUUAUUAAUCUGGGUACAUUUCCCCUGAUAGCGUUAUUAAUCUGGGUAUGUUUCCCUUGAUAGCGGUAUUAAUCUGGGUACAUUUCCCCUGGUAGCAUUAUUAAUCUGGGUACAUUUCCCCUGAUAGCGUUAUUAAUCUGGGUACAUUUCCCAUGAUAGCGUUAUUAAUCUGGGUACAUUUCCCCUGAUAGCGGUAUUAAUCUGGGUAUGUUUCCCCUGAUAGCGUUAUUAAUCUGGGUACAUUUCCCCUGGUAGCAUUAUUAAUCUGGGUACAUUUCCCCUGAUAGCGUUAUUAAUCUGGGUGCAUUUCCCCUGAUAGCGGUAUUAAUCUGGGUAUGUUUCCCCUGAUAGCGUUAUUAAUCUGGGUACAUUUCCCCUGGUAGCAUUAUUAAUCUGGGUACAUUUCCCCUGGUAGCGUUAUUAAUCUGGGUACAUUUCCCCUGAUAGCGUUAUUAAUCUGGGUACAUUUCCCCUGAUAGCGGUAUUAAUCUGGGUACAUUUCCCCUGAUAGCGUUAUUAAUCUGGGUACAUUUCCCCUGAUAGCGUUAUUAAUCUGGGUACGUUUCCCCUGAUAGCGUUAUUAAUCUGGGUACAUUUCCCCUGAUAGCGUUAUUAAUCUGGGUACAUUUCCCCUGAUAGCGUUAUUAAUCUGGGUAUGUUUCCCCUGAUAGCGUUAUUAAUCUGGGUACAUUUCCCCUGAUAGCGGUAUUAAUCUGGGUACAUUUCCCCUGGUAGCGUUAUUAAUCUGGGUACAUUUCCCCUGAUAGCGUUAUUAAUCUGGGUACAUUUCCCCUGAUAGCGGUAUUAAUCUGGGUACAUUUCCCCUGGUAGCGUUAUUAAUCUGGGUACAUUUCCCCUGAUAGCGUUAUUAAUCUGGGUACAUUUCCCCUGAUAGCGUUAUUAAUCUGGGUAUAUUUCCCCUGGUAGCAUUAUUAAUCUGGGUAUGUUUCCCCUGGUAGCAUUAUUAAUCUGGGUACAUUUCCCCUGGUAGCGUUAUUAAUCUGGAUAUGUUUCCGGAUAUUUUUAUUAAACAUUCUCUCACUCUCAGACUAUAACGGAGUGACCAAUGAGAGAAGUAGUACAUACUUAUAGUUAUGGUGCUUUGAGUGUUCCUUUAAAUUGGAUAUGUGUCCCCCUAUAUCAUUAUUAAAGCUAGGUAUGUGUUACCCUGAUACUUAAAAAUUUUGAAUUUUAAUUAGGUAACAUGUCCUAUUUCCCAGAAUGAUAUAUAAUUUAUUUCUUCACAGUAGAAGCUGCAUUUAAUGUGGACGAAUGUGAGAUAUGCGCCAAUCCUGCGUGUCCUGGAUGCUAA